AUGCAUAAAUCUGCAUCACUAGAUUCGUUAAAUUUACAGACAAUUUCUACUACGUCAGUUCUAACAUCCACAACAAAUCCAGAUGUUAAACCUAGUUCUUUUUCUAAACUAACUCGUCGUAUGGCAAUUAUUCCUACACCGAAUCGACCAGUUAGAUUAUUAACAUCUGCUAAAAUUCAAUCUUGUAUUAACGAAGAUACGUCAAUGAUGAAUAUUAAUAUCGAUACAGACAAGCAUCUUGAUUCAGGUGAUAAAAAUCAUUUUUUACUUAGUAGUAAACAAAAUUCAUCAGAACUAUUCGAUAUAGUUGACAAUCGAUCCAAUCAAGUACGUCAGAACAAAGAUGAAGAGGAUGAAGAUAAUCUAUUUGAUACAUUUAUUUGUAGUAAUUUUGUUCAUUUUUCUGGAACACAAGCGAUCGAUCAAUGGUUAGAUAAAACAGAAGCUUUAUUUAAUCGAUUCAGAAUUUCACGUAGACUUCGAUUUCAAGCUAUACCUCUUCUUGUUCAGGGUGAAGCUAAACGUAAAUAUAUAAGAAAUUGUCGAUCUAUUACAUCUUUUGACGAUUUUUAUGAAUUUUUGUUAACAAAUUUUGAUAUGAUUCCUUCAGUAUCUACUACCUCAAAACCUAGUUAUGUUCAUCAUAUACCUGAAUCUGCGAAAAAUACUAUAUCUGUCAAUAAAUCAAUUACUGAACUUAAAUCAAAUGCUGCUAGUUCGACUGAUUCUAGUCAAAUAUCACAGUCAUGCGUUUCUCGUUCUAAUAAUAUUGUUGGUGAUGACACCACCAACGUAAAUGGUGAUGUGUCAGGUCUUAAAUCAACUGCCAAAAAUUCAUCUAACGAUACUUUACCAUUAGAUUCAGUUAUACCUGAUUUACGUAAAGUAAUUGUAUCAGAUUUUAUUAAAAAUCCGAAAAUUUUUCGAGGUGCUAAAGACGAUGUGACGAAAUGGGUAGACGGAAUUGAUCAUCUGAUGCAAAUUGCACAUGUGCCUGAUUUUCAUCGACUAGAUUUGAUUUCGUAUUCUCUA